UGUCUUCACGCAGCUGGUGUUGGUUUCUGAUCAGUACUGGAGUGACUGCGCGCUGAAUCUGAUGCAGCACAGCUUUUAGAUGAUCCUCUGGAAUCCGACCACAGCAGCACAAAAUGAAUGAUGUUCUAUUUCAAGUGUACUUCUGCCUUUUUAAGCUCUUAAAUGGGCUUCCCCUUAGGACAUUCCACCAAGAGGAAGAUUAAGCUUCUGAAACAAGUGAUAUAUAAAACUAUGGCAUCUAAAAGAUGUUCUGGUACUCAGCAAAGGUCAUCUGGUACCCUCCACAUGAGCACAUCUCACAGAAAAACGCAGAAAUGCAGCAAGAACAAAACUUGUCACUGCUUGAAGUGUGGAAAGCAUUUUAAUAAACAAUUAUAUCUCAAAAGACACCAGUGCAUUCACACAGGAGAGAGGCCGUAUCACUGCUCAGAGUGUGGAAAGAGUUUUAAUUGCCAGAGUUCUCUCCAACGACACCAGGUCAUUCACAUAGAAGAGAAGCCGUAUCACUGCUUGGAGUGUGGGAAGAGUUUUACUGAACAGAAUUAUCUCCGAGAACACCUGCACAUUCACACAGGACAGAAGCCGUAUCAAUGCUCUGAGUGUGGGAAGAGUUUUAAUCGACGGAGUAAUCUCCAAAUGCACAAGCGCAUUCACACAGGAGAGAAACCGUAUUACUGCUCUGAGUGUGGGAAAUGUUUUAGUUACCUGAGUCAUCUCCAACGACACCAGCGCAUUCACACAGGUCAGAGGCCGUAUCUCUGCUCAGUGUGUGGGAGGAGUUUUACUGUACAGAAUCAUCUCCGAGAUCACCAGCGCAUUCACACAGGAGAGAAACCGUAUCACUGCUCAGAGUGCGGGAAGAAUUUUACUCGACAGAGACACCUCCAAACACACCAGCGUAUUCACACAGGAGAGAAGCCGUAUCACUGCUCAGAGUGUGGGAAGAGUUUUAAUCAACUGGCUUAUCUCCGACGACACCAGCGCAUUCACACAGGAGAGAAGCCGUAUCACUGCUCGGAGUGUGGGAAGAGUUUUGCUGAUCUGCGUAAUCUCAGAGCACACCUACUCAUUCACACAGGAGAGAAACCGUAUCACUGCUCACAGUGCGGGAAGAAUUUUAAUCGACAGACUACUCUCCAAAAUCACCAGCGCAUUCACACAGGCGAGAAGCCUUACCACUGCUCAGAGUGUGGGAAGCAUUUUACUCUAAGGAGUACUCUCCAAAGACACCAGCGCAUUCACGCGGAAAAGAAGCUGUACUACUGCUUGGAGUGUGGAAAGAGUUUUACUCGACAGAGUACUCUUAAAACACACCAGCGCAUUCACACAGGAGAGAAGCCGUAUCACUGCUCAGAGUGUGGGAAGAGUUUUAAUCGUCGGAGUACUCUCAAAACACAUCAGCGCAUUCACACAGGAGAGAAGCCGUAUCACUGCUCAGAGUGUGGGAAGAGUUUUACUCAUCGGGGUUGUUUCAAAGCACACCAGCGCAUUCACACAGGAGAGAAGCCGUAUCACUGCUCAGAGUGUGGGAAGAGUUUUAGUGUACAGAGUCAUUUCCAAAUACACCAGCGCAUUCACACAGGAGAGAAAGCGUAUCACUGCUCAGAGUGUGGGAAGAGUUUUAUUCGACAGACCACUCUCAAAGUACACCAGCGCAUUCACACAGGAGUUAAACCAUAUUCCUGCUCAGAGUGUGAGAUGAGUUUUACUCAGCACAGUCAUCUCCGGCAACACCAGCGCAUUCACACAGGAGAGAAGCCAUAUUUCUGCUCAGAGUGUGGGAAGAAUUUCAGGCAUUCCAGGACUUGGAUGACACACAAGUGCAUUAAGAGCAGUGGUGAAAAUGGGUGUUAAUGAGUGCAACCACAAACAUGCCAGUAAAAGUCUGCAGGGAAUGGUGUUUCCAACUCAGAUUUAAAAAAUCUGGAUAACUGUAUCUAGAGAGAAAAUCCACCUUUUUUUUUGUUUUAUACUGUUUCUAAUACAUGGGUAUGAACUGAUCCUGAUCCAUGAACUGUAUGCUGUGUGUUCAGAGUGUUUUUGUUGGGGACUGUAAUAAAAGAGAGAUGACCCUGAAGACUACAAGUUUUAAUGAAGUUUUGCCGUGCAGGGCACAACUGAACAAUCUUGUAAAGGAAACGCAGGAGUACGAAGAACUGCAAUAUAUUAAGAUAUCUCUACCUCUUCUCAUCGUGGCCUACACAUGCCUGUUCUACACGGCAUAAAUUGCAUACAGGUCAGACUACAAACCAUGAACUUUCCAUUCUGCUCUUCAAAACCUUUAAGGACUAAUGUUGGUGUUGUUUGUGCCGUUUGACAUAUCUCCAAUCUGUUGUACCAGACGUGGUGGUGACCAAUGCUGCAGUAGUUUGAAAUAGGAUAUAUUUAUCAUUGUAGAACUGGGUGAAAGGUGACUAUUUGGGGAUGUUCAAGACCUUGGGUGUGACCUGAGAGUCACUCUUGCUGAUGUCAUUGGGAUGUGCACGAGAGACCCUGGCUUUGUUGUCUGAGUCAGUCAUUGGCUAUAUGUUUUGUUUCUGAACCAAUCUAUCUCUGCAUUUUAUUGUAAAGAUGAAUCAAUAUAUGUAUCCAGUUCUGAAUAUAGAUUGUCUGCUUUACAUAUAAAUUGCAUAAAGGUAUAAACACUUUGACCAAGUCUGUGUUAGGUGGGAAGACCCCCCCCCACUUUUCUGUCUCUCUUUCUUUUUCUCUUUUGCUUUCUCUAUACUUUUUAGACUGCAGAUUUUUUCCCUAAACUUUUGUUUAGUUAAAAUUCACGUGAGCUUAUGCGUGUUUGUGCAAACAUGCUAAUUUUAUUCUUUUAAGAAUGUCCCUGUAAUCCUGAAAAACAUAUUAUUUUCUUAUUAAAUUGUAUAACCUUUUUGUCAUUUGAAAUUCACUCUGUGGUCUUCUCUUUAGGUUUUGGGAUAUAACGCAUCGUAUAAAUUAUAUCUGGGCACAUUCCUUUAUAUUAUCCACAUAUGUCUCUAAGUAUGUUACAUAUACACGGAUUAUGUCAUAGUGAGUAACAUUUAACAGACUAGACACAGACUAUAAGGAUUGUUUAAAAAAAAAUACAGUACGUAGAAUAAAUAGUAAGAUAUUUGAUAUAAAAGAGCUAAUGUAAAAGCAGCUAAAGAGUUGAGAGUAUAUAAAUUGAAAAUGUAUAUGGGUGUGCAGAGUCUAAGGUAGAAAACUACAUAACUUAUAACUUACAGUAUGUUACACAAUGAUAAGAACAUUUGUAAAGGUGUAUGAAUAAGCAAUGUGGUUCAGAGGAGCUAUAC